AUGCCAUCUGCCCUUGCCUGGCAUUUGCUCGGCCCUGCGGGAGGACUUGACAUUUCCGCGAUGCCAUCUCGCGUCUGCCGCAACAACAACCCUCCUCAAUCCGGUUGCUUCGGUCGAGAGUGCCCCAACUAUGCCACUUCUCUAAGCACUGAUAUUUUAUCGCGCGAAUCCCAACAACGAAAGUAUUUCGAAAUGUUUGUUUACUUGUCAGUUUUCGUGUAUCUUUCGUCUCGCCUGCCUCAACUUUCUCCUUUUUUGGCCUCUACAACGUCUGACACGCCAUUCUCGGACGUGCUCUCCGUCCGGAGGGGGUGUCCUAUGACCUUUUAG